AUGGUCGAGACGAAGGAGUACUUAGUUAAGAAUGGUAUCCCACAACUUUUUGAGUGUUUAAUGACUGGAUUAAUGUAUCAUCGUCCAGUUGAUCAUUUGAAUUAUCUACAACAAUGUCUUGAGAAGAUCAAGAAACGUGGUAUCCAGGAUGUAAGUUGGGAUAUGUUUCUAGAGCCUAAGCCUCUAGAACGAGGGAAUCUCCUUAUAAAGCCAGAUGAUUCUCAGUGUGAUCCAGUCCCAGAAAUCAGUUCAACUAGACUAGAUAUCAAACCUCUUGCUGCGGUAGUAUGCAUUAUAGCUGGACCAGGUGUGGAUAAGUCAACGUUUUCAACAGAAAUUAUUUCACACUAUCCUAAGUUUAUUUAUGUUAACAUGCCUAAGUUACUGAAGAAACGAGCCAAAAUUGAAACAGACAAGAAAGAACCACGUUGGCCUCAAGCUUUAAAAAUGAUUAAUAAUGGAGAAUUACUACCAACAGAAAUGGUUUUAGAAUCAUUUUUAUGGAAAUUGAAUCAGCAUGCAGAUGCAGAUGGCUUUAUAGUUGACGGUUAUCCAAGAACAGAAAGCCAACAACAUUUAAGUGAACAGAUAUCACAAGUUAGUGAAGAUUAUGAAAAUAAUAAUGUACAACAAACAAUUGAACAUCGUUUGUGUUUAUUCAAAACUCAAACAUUGCCAACUUGUAAGCUCAUUGAUAAUGAUGAAAAACUUAGAGUUGUCGAUGGAGAAUCGAAACCGGAUGUGAUUGCUAAUGAUAUUUUAAAGAUAUGCCAAUGUGUUCUGUCUGGUAAAAUGAAUGAACCAGAAGGACAUCCAUCAUCAGGUAGUUUACCUAAUCGGCAAAUACCGCCUGUACAGCAUGGUAUGAUGGGAUGUGAUGAUAAAACAGGUGUAUUCAAUCUUCCACGAAUUAUACCAGUAUUUCCGGAUAAUGGCCGGAUCCAUGAUCUUCAUAAUUGUCUAAUAAUUUUACUAUUUGGUGGUCCAGGCUCUGGACGAACUGAACAAGCCUCAGCAUUAUGCAAAAAGCUGCCUGGUGUAAAACAUUUCAAUGUUACUGAUUAUUUAAGGCAACAUGUCUUAGACUUAAUCGAUGAAGACAGUGGUAAGGACCUGGAGGUAAUUGCUCAUCGAAUUCAAUCAAGUGAUCCACCAACUGAUCAGGAUCGAUUUAUUCCGGAGUAUUGGGAUCUACAAAUUGAUAUCAUUCGUCAAGAAUUCAAUAAUAUUGCUAUGAAUAGUAGAGCUGUUAUCAUUGAAGGAUUUCCAUGUCAUGAAGGACAAGUGAAUACUUUUAAUCAACAUAUUGGUGGUGUUGACUUGGCAAUACUGUUGGAUUGUGUGGAAUCCAGUCUCCAAGAACGAUUACAUCAAAGGUAUACACGCCUAAAUCGUGUUGAAGAUCAAGACAGUGUAGCUGUCCAACGUGUAUUAUUUUUUAAAUAUUGUACACUACCUGUUGUAAGACAUUAUGAUGAACUUAGAAAACUAGUGACAAUUCCUGGGGAUCGAGAACAAAAUCUUGUCUUGAAUGAUUUCAUGGCAGUGGUUGAAUACUUUCUACGCAAGAAAGAAUCAACUAAUCCAAGUGCUGACAGCUCAGCUUUUGUGGAUACUGAAGAAAUUAUUCCAGAAAUGUCAAAAUUGAUAAAAGAAGAAUAUACUUAUCCACUACAGGGUGUUGUUAUUGAUGAUGACAAGUCACUUGAGGCAAGUUUUGAGGAUAGCGUAGAUAAAGAGCAGGAGACAUCAUUGUCUCAGGUAUCAGUUGUACCUGAAGCGAAUCAAACGGAUACAGUUCCACCUGAAUCAAACUUGGAUAAUUCAACCAAUAUGGUGAAACAACUAAAUGAAGAUGAGUAUUUAUCAACUAUCUAUUAUGUUUCAUCUUCUCAUGAACUUAAUUCCAUUAUACUUGAAAAAUUUCCUCCUUAG